AUGUACUCGAAACCAAGGCAGAGACUCCUCCCCGACGGCGCCGGGCGGCACAGGGGCCUGAGGAGGGAGGGGAGAGUCGCGCACGGAAGUCGGGAAGGAGCGCCGGGCGGCUUCGCAGCCACGCUCGGGUUCCCCCCGGCGCUGGGACUGCCGGUCCCUCCGACCCCUCCGAGCGCGGCGCCCAGCACCGCCACCAGCGUGCGGGGAGAAGAGAGCCUCCGGAUCCUGGUGGGGACCGACGGGGACAGCCCCCUGCAGAUGGACAUCAAUACCACUGAGACUGAGCCCUCCGAGCCAUGGGACUAUGUCGUUGUGGCUGAUCACUGCACCCAGAGAAACCCCAGGCAGGUCCAGCGGCAGCAGCAGUUCCUGGAAGAGCUCGAGAGGAAGGGCUUCUGCUACAGGGCGAGGGAGGACCAGGCAAAGGCGUUCUUUGGGAUCCGAGCUGACAACCGGGUCUUUGACCGGUACCGCAGACUUCUCAUGGAGCCCGAGGCUACCGCCCCCAGAGGGGAGCUGGCCAGGCCAACUUCCAUCCCAGCCACCACCAGAAUCCAAAUUGUCAACUUUGUGCUGAACAGCAAGAUGGCAGCUGGUGACACGCUCCAGGAUUUGGUGAAGGAUGGGGUCUUUGAGGCCGUGUUUCCCCUACACAAGGGGGAGGAAGACCUAAAGAAGAAAUGGGCCUGGUGGAGAAACAUGUUCCAAGAGCAGCCAGCUGGUGACAUCAGGAGCUACUUCGGUGAGAAGGUGGCGCUGUACUUCGCCUGGCUCGGCUGGUACACCUACAUGCUGGUGCCCGCCGCGGUGGUGGGCCUCAUCGUCUUCCUGAGCGGGUUCGCCCAUUUCGAAGCCAGCCAGAUCAGCAGGGAGAUCUGUGAUGCCCACGACGUCUACAUGUGCCCUCGCGGCGACCACAGCCCCAGGUACCAGCGGCUCUCAGAAACCUGCGCCUUCGCCAAGCUCACCCACCUCUUCGACAACGAGGGCACCGUGCUGUUCGCCGUGUUCACGGCGCUGUGGGCCACCGUGUUCCUGGAGUUGUGGAAGCGGGAGCGAGUCCGUGUGGUCCUGCAAUGGGACCUGUACGGGUGGGACGAGGACCAGGAGGAAAUGGUGCUGGGGCUCAUUGCCUGCCCUGACUACCAGCCCCGCUACGCGCGGAGUACCGUCAUCCUCCUGCUGUCUCUGUUGAUGAUCUGCCUGAUGAUAGGCAUGGCCCACGUCCUGGUGAUCUGCCGCGUCCUGCUCGCUGCCCUUUUCAGCUCCGCCUUGCCCUUCCUGGGAGAGCAGGUGACCACGGCCGUGGUGGUGACCGGGGCCCUGGUUCACUAUGUGAGCAUCCUCGUCAUGACCAAGAUCAACAAAUAUGUGGCACUGAAGCUUUGUGACUUUGAGAAGCCCAGGACCUUCUCAGAGCGAGAGAGCAAGUUCACCAUCAAGUUCUUCACUCUGUAGUUCCUUGCUCACUUCUCCUCCCUUAUCUACAUCGCCUUCAUCCUGGGCAGGAUCAACGGUAACCCCGGGAAGUUGGUGCGCCUGGCAGGGCUGUGGAAGCUGGAGGAGUGCCAUCUCAGCGGCUGCAUGACGGACCUGUUUGUGCAGGUGGCCAUCAUCAUGGGUCUGAAACAAACGCUCAGCAACUGCAUGGAGUACCUGGGCCCAUGCCUGGCCCACAAGUGUCGCUCGAUGCGAGCCACGUCCCAGGACCCCGAGCUGAGGCACUGGCGGCGCAACUACCGCCUGAACCCGGUCAACACCUUCAGCCUGUUCGAGGAGUUCAUGGAGAUGAGGAUCCAGUAGGGCUUCACCACCGUCUUCGUGGCCGCCUUCCCGCUUGCCCUGCUGCUGGCGCUCUUCAGCAACCUCGUGGAGAUCCGCCUGGACGCCAUCAAGAUGGUCCAGGUGCAGCGGCGCCUGGUGCCCCGCAAGGCCAAGGACAUCAGGACCUGGCUGCAGGUGCUGGCGAUAAUCGGCGUGCUGGCCGUCACUGCCGACGGGAUGGUCAUCGCCUUCACAUCUGAGUUCAUCCCCCGAGUGGUGUACAAGUACCGCUAUGGCCUGUGCCGACAGGGGGCCCACCCUGCAGUCGACUGCCUCACGGGCUACGUCAACCACAGCCUGUCCGUGUUCUACACCAAGGACUCCCAGAAUCCUGUUGAAACAGAGGGCUCAGAGAAUGUGACUGAGUGCAGGUACUGGGACUGUGGCACCGCUCAGAACUCCAACUUCACUGAGCAGCCCUGGUUCCUCCUGGCCGUCCGUCUGACCUUCCUCAUCCUCUUCGAGCACGUGGCCUUAUGCGUCAAGCUCAUUGCUGGCUGGUUUGUGCCUGAUGUGCCUCAGUGGGUGAAGAAUGAAGUCCUGAAGAGGAAGCACCAGAGACUUGGGGAGGCGUGGCUGCCGGGGCCUGGCCCCGAGUCCCGAAGUACCAGAGACUCCGGCCGAGAGCACAGACAUGGAGCAGGCCCGGAGCCGGUCAAGAGGCCAAGUUGCAGAGCUGCUGCCACCACCGCCCACCCCAGCCCCGGCUGUGUGUGUGUGUGGGCGGGCUUUAAUUAGACCCGCGUAUAUGUGGGGGUCCUGGGAGCCCCUGUAUGUUUGGGGUGUCUGUGAGCUGCACACCUGUCCAUGGUCUGGGAGGCCUGUUCCACCUGUGAGGGCUCAGGCUUGGUACUGCCUGACUUGAACUCUGAGUGACCCCUGCCACCCAGAGAACUGGGGCGGGGUUGGGGGGGGAACAGUGCAGCCCUGUCCUGUCUUCUCACGCCGUCUCGACAGGAAAACUGGCCCAGUUUCCUGGGCCCCAGAUCCUGCCCCACCCCACUGGCUCCCCUCAACCAGCAGAGUUUUCUCUAAUAAAAUAAAACUGC